AGUCCACAUCCUUCAUUGAAUCUCAUUGAAGAUCAGACUCUUCAAAUCAUCUGAGAUGUCUUUCAAUGAUCAACAGUGCAAGCAACCAUGUGUGCCGCCCCCAUGUCUUCAAAAGACACAAGAAAAGUGCCAGGCACAAGCUGAGGAGGUGUGUGUCCCAUCAUGUCAGGACCCCUGCCAAGAUAAAUGUCCACAACAAGCUCAGGAGACAUGUGGUCCUCAGUGCCAGGAGUUAAGCCAAGGAAACUGCCCACAACAAGGCCAAGAUCCAUGUCCACCACCAAGCCAAGACCAGUGCCUUCCUCAGUGUGCAGACCCAUGCCAGGAGCUAGCACAAACAAAAUGUGUGGAGGAGUUCCCACAGAGGGCACUGGAGAAGUGUUCAUCCCAGAGCAAGGGAAAAUAACUGCUCAAAGCCAUCUGGAGUCAAGAAGAAAAUCCAACCCCAGUCCUUCUCCUGUGGGUAUCUCUGUAUAAGGUACCAUCUUGUCUCCUGACUUCCUCAAUAUCCCAGGACUUGGUCUGUACCUCUGAAGAUAAUUCGUUGUAUUUUAUUAACUUCUGUGAAUACGUGUUCUCAGCAGCUGGCAGACGGUCAAGAGUAUAAGAGUGCUGUAGUCAUCAAGGCAGACCACCAAAGCCUAAAUCAGCUCUCCUGGGGAAAACCUCACUCAGCCCUUGAUACAUAAUGGCCAAAGAUGCCACCGUCCAUCUUUCAGAGAGCAGGGCUCUGUUUCAAGCCUCAAGAGAAUCUUAAUUUAACAGCUUUAUGGUGAGCAUCACCACUACAACGGGUAUUAAGAAGAAGU